UCGAUGUGCAUUUUAAACGGUUAAAAGUUGAAGAGUAGUUUGGGAAGCAGUUGUGACUCCAGCAGUGCGCAAUGCUCUCUCAUGCUGAACUCUUGGAUACUCGCCUCGGGAUGAAGGAUGCUGCAUCCGAGAUUCUCGGGCACCGAGAAGCUUUUAAGUGUAGACUUGGUGGGACUGACACUGGACAUCCCGGCGAUCUUUCUUCUGGUACUGAGACUGUGGAGGGGACCACUCUGCUCCCCGGGGAAGACAUAAGUAAUGGUGGAUCCAAUCCUAAUGGAAUGCAGCAGGUGAACGCCAAAGACCAAGAAAAGCAGCAACAGCAAAACUCUAAUCAGUCGAGCGGGCAGAACCAACAGAAACAGAAACGCCACAGGACCCGGUUUACUCCGGCGCAGCUGAACGAAUUAGAAAGGAGCUUUGCUAAAACACACUACCCUGAUAUCUUCAUGAGAGAGGAACUUGCAUUAAGGAUUGGUUUAACGGAGUCAAGAGUUCAGGUAUGGUUUCAGAAUCGACGUGCUAAAUGGAAGAAGCGCAAGAAGACCGCCAACGUUUUCCGGGCGCCGGGCACUUUGCUGCCAACGCACGGUUUGCCUCAGUUUUCGUCUGCGGCUGCUAUGGGUGAUAGUCUCUGCUCUUUUCAUGCCAACGACACUCGCUGGGCAACGGCAGGGAUGCAUGGAGUCUCACAGCUGCAAAUACCGCCCGCACUGGGCCGGCAGCAGGCGAUGGCACAGUCCCUGUCCCAGUGCAGUCUCGGAGCUGGUCCCCCUCCAAACUCCAUGGGCCUUUCCAGCAGCUUGUCAUCAAAUGGUUCUGGCCUUCAGUCGCACCUGUAUCAACCCACGUUUCCUGGGAUGGUGCCCGCUUCCCUCUCGGGUCCAACGAAUGUGACCGGCUCACCUCAGCUGUGUAGCUCCCCGGACAGUGACAUGUGGAGAGGGACUAGUAUCGCAUCCCUGCGCCGUAAAGCACUAGAGCACACCGUUUCAAUGAGUUUCACCUAAUUUCAGCACCAGAGAUAUCCUUUCUGUCACUGCAAACCCGAAGUAUUCCUGAAGAACAGUCACGGAACACUCAGGAUAUGAGGUUAUAAUUGUGAAAUGACACUUGCUGGAUGCUGGAAUCUCAACAUACCCCAGACAUUGCUUAAAUAUACAGCUGAUGUAGACUAGGUUUAAUGUUUGAAAUGUUUGUAAUUUAUUUAUGUGUUGCAUUUGGUCAAGUUCAAUUAUUUAUUUCGUUUCGUAGCUAUUUAUUUGAUGAACAAUGGCGAGUUGUUUGUUUGUUUAUUUAUUUAUGACUAUUUAUUUUAAAAGAUUAUGCCUCUUGUUCAUAAAGUAUAAUUAUUUCACUGUUCAAUGACAUUAUUUUUUAAAUAUACUAAAUGUAAAAGGACACGAUUCUGAGGGCAUGUGCGCAUGACAGAUUGCGUGUGGAGUUUCCCGAUUAUUCAGGCUACAGAAAAUAACACCUUAAAUCAUGAACCAAUUUCCAAAUCAUCAGAUCCAGCUGCAUGUAAUAUUUGAACCAGGAUCAACAAGUUGUUUACAUAAAGCAAAGUGAACUUGAGUGUUUGUGUAUAUAAGAAAACUCUUGUUAUCUGCUGGUAUGUUUGUGAUAUGUUUUAACAUACUGUCUGUACUUAUUACUGAAACAUGGUUUUCAUAAAUGUUUAUCUUACCAAAUUCAGCAGAAUUGGGAAGGUUUAUAUCAAUGAUUGU